GCACAGCCACAGUGUGCAGAGAAGAGCGAGGCACGGCUGACAGAGGGGAGCUCCACGGCGAAACGAGCACCACCCUGGAAUACGGAUACUAUCUUUUCCCGAGCGGAAGUUUUCUUUGGCUUUAUGUUCGGAUUAGGCGCCGGGGGAAUGGACAGUUGGCGAGGCGCAGAGAGCGACUGGCCACUGUUCACUCACUAGUCCCCGGGAGCUUGCAAAAACUCGCUUCGUGGAAGUAAUGCUGGGUGUUUGAUGAAGCGUUUGGCAAACUCAGUUACUUUUGAACCACCGUGGAUUUACCCCGAUCGAGCGCGGGCAGAUAGUUGUGCUUUGCCCAGAAGGAUAUCGCCUCGUAAAGUUUUCGGGAAAACAUGGAGACUGUGAGUCGGCAGAGCUUCCAGCCUCAUCCGGGACUGCAACAAACCCUUAAGCAGUUCCACCUCAGCUCCAUGAGCUCUCUAGGCGGCCCAGCGGCUUUCUCUGCGCGCUGGCAGCAUGAGCUGCUCUUCAAGAAGGACGGGAAGGAGCCCGAGCCGGUUCUACAACACCUCCCGCCGCCGGUAAUGCCCGGUCCCCUCUUCAUUCCCUCGGACCGCUCCACGGAGCGCUGCGAGACCGUGCUUGAGGGCGAGACCAUCUCGUGCUUUGUGGUCGGCGGAGAGAAGCGCCUGUGCCUCCCGCAGAUCCUGAACACGGUGCUGCGAGACUUCAGUCUGCAGCAGAUCAACGCCGUGUGCGACGAACUGCACAUUUACUGCUCCCGCUGCACCGCGGAGCAGCUGGAGAUCCUCAAAGUCAUGGGGAUCCUGCCCUUCUCUGCGCCGUCCUGCGGCCUUAUCACCAAAACGGACUCGGAGCGCCUGUGUAACGCCCUCAUCUAUGGAGGCACCUACCCACCGCGCUGCAAGAAGGAGCUGAGCGGCUCCCUGGAGCUGGAGAUCACAGAGAAGAGCUUCAAGGUGUACCACGAGUGCUUCGGCAAGUGCCGGGGCCUGUUCGUGCCCGAGCUGUAUAGCAGCCCCGGUGCAGCAUGCAUCCAGUGCAUGGACUGCAGACUCAUGUACCCCACGCACAAGUUCGUGGUGCACAGCCAUAAGGCGCAGGAGAACAGGACUUGCCACUGGGGCUUUGACUCGGCCAACUGGAGGGCCUACGUCCUCCUGGGGCAGGACUACACCGCCAAGGAGGAGAAGGCCCGCCUGGAGCAGCGCCUGGAUGAGCUUAAAGAGAAGUUCGACUUCACCAACAAGUACAAGAGGAAGCUCUGCUCCAGGAUGCCAGAGCCCACCCCUCUGAAGAAGCCCAAACAUGAAGACGUAUGCCCCCCCUCCCCUGUGCCGGAGAAGCCCAAGCACCACGCCGUCCUCCAGGCCCUGUCCCAGAAGGGAGUGAACUGCCUCCAGCCCAGGCAGAGGCCCUCAGCGUUCAGACCCUGGUCCCCUCACAUCUCCAGUGGGGAGAAGGAGCCGGCUGGACAUCCCCUAGCCCUGCUCCGGGACAGCUUCUACAACUUCAAGAGCCUGGAGAGCGCCGUGGCCCCCAAUGUGGCCCUCACCCCUCUGCACUUGGGGAAAAUGGGCCCCAUGUCGCCCUCAGUCCCCAGCACCUCCCACCCCAGCGGAGGUGAGGCUCCCGGGGAGAGUGCCAACAGCAACUGCCGGUCCCGGAAGCGGAGGGCCACCGGAGACCAGGGACCCCCAGCCACCGAGGGUCCCAGACCCACUGCACCACCCGUCUGUAAGAGCCCUGCACCCUCACUCCCCAACGAUAAGGACUCGGAGGUGGAGAUAGAAGUUGAAAGUCGUGACGAGUUCACAUCGUCCCUGUCCUCUCUGUCUUCUCCAUCCUUUACCUCCUCCAGCAGCUCAGCCAAGGACCUGAGUUCUCCGGGGUCUCUGGGGCCCGUCAGUUCAGCCUCUGCUUCAGAGAGCCAAGUGGCCCCUCCCCCUCCCACUCCCGCCCAACCCCCCUCCACUCUGGCUCCGCCCACAGAAUAUGGCCUGGAGUCGGACCUGGAGAGUCUGAGGCAGGCUCUGGACUCUGGACUGGACUCAAAAGAGGCCAAGGAGAAGUUUCUCCAUGAGAUCGUGAAGAUGAGAGUAAAGCAGGAGGAGAAGCUGGGCUCCGCGCUGCAGGCCAAGCGCAGCCUCCAACAGGAGCUUGAGUUCUUGCGAGUGGCCAAGAAGGAGAAGCUGCGUGAGGCAACGGAGGCCAAGAGGAGCCUAAGAAAGGAGAUUGAACGUUUGAGAGCAGAGAGCGAUCGCAAGAUGAAGGACGCCAACGAGGCCCGACUCUGCCUCAAGAGGGAGCUAGAGCAAGCCCGGCAGCUGCGCGUCUGUGACAAGGGCUGUGAGGCGGGACGACUGCGCGCCAAGUACUCCGCUCAGAUUGAAGACCUCCAGAUGAAGCUCCAGCAUGCUGAGGCUGACCGUGAGCAGCUCCGCUCAGAUCUGCUUCAGGAGCGGGAGGCCCGGGAACACCUGGAGAGAGUGGUCAAGGAGCUUCAGCAACAGCUCUGGCCCAAGUCCUCCAGUGGGACCAGCUGUAAGCAGGAGGAUGCAGAGGACACACCGCUGGACGUGUAGAACAUCUACAGAACUUCACUAUAGCGCCACCAGCACACUCCGACACGGCUCCUCCAAUGAGCAUGGGCACCCAACAGAACUUUGUCCAAGAGGUGUUCCAAUGUUCCACAAAAUCCCCUUUUUUACUAAUCUUGCACCAAGUUCUUCACUGUGACCCUAGAGAAGAUGGCAACAUUAUAAGAUAUUCAAAUAUCAACAGUGAAAGUGAUUGGAGCAAAGCCUCAGGAGCUAGCUCGUGGACGACCAAAGUGAGCAGACUGAACAAAUGUGGUCCCCUGGACAUGUUUGUCCCCUGGAGAGGUCUGGGCGCCUUGAGACGUCCAGGCCCCUGGCAUGUACCUUGGACUAGUCUCAUGGAGGUGGUUGAUAGCACUUGAGAAGAACCGUGCUGAGCUGGACCAGGCUGCGUUCACUCAACACUGACCCCUGCUUUGGCCUUCAAUGGCUACUACCAGAUUUUCAGUUAAAUUAAUGUAAAUAUUUGUGUUUUUUACUUAUAAACUGAAUGGCACUUUGACUCAUUGGAAAGCAGACACAGUCUUCUUGUUCUCAGCGAUCAUCCAUAGACACAUGUAACCAUUGAUAAUGGCAGACUUUUGUAAAUACGAGGAAAGUUGGAGCUGUCCUGUGGGGGGUAUGAGGCGCUCUGUGAGGGUCCUGUUUGCACCACAACAUCGAGUACCGGUACUCCUCAUCCAGGCACUAAGUCAAACAUCAGUCUAUGUACAUCCAAUUGAUACUUACACUGGGGGGGUUUACAUGCACCUAUAUGGAGGAAUUUUCAUCAGUUACCAUGGUGACACAAUGCACACACUGCAAACAGCAAACACUGCCAAAAAUUUUUUAAGAUAGUCUGAAAGCUCAAGAAAAAAAUACAAAAUGGCUUUAAACAACACAUUUUCAGGAGCCUGUGAUCAAUAUGAGUGUUCAUGGUCCGGUUUUGGCGUUUGAUUUUCAACAAAAACGCUGAGGGUGACUAACUGAAAAACUGCUGGCUAAUGCUAGCUAGUUUGUGACUGUAAUUUUAUGUGUGAGAGACAUAAAUCAGCUCACCUGUUGAAGUUCCAGCUAAGUCAGUUCUUUAUAGGCAAAUUGUGUUAAAAUAAACCUCAGAUUAAAGCCUAACUUGAGUAAGAGAGCUUCCGACAGAGCAGAGCCUACAGUUAGCAUCACACAGCAGGGAAUGUUGAUGACAUCAGCUGCAAAGUAUCAAUAGUUUACAAUUGCUAUGCAGAAUCAAACUCUGUUUUUAGACACUCAAAGCCAGUAAUGGUAAAGGCGAAUGUAACUGCCAAUCUGCCCUGAUAAAUGAUACCACAUUCAUGUUAUCAUGAAUGUGGUAUCAUUUAAUACCAUAUUCAUGUUUAGGUAGGUGAAAUGUCUUGCCCAAGGACACAACAACAUUAAAGUGCAUAUGACCAGUUUUCAUGUCUUCUAAUUAUUAUUUGGUUUGAGAUAGUACCUGUGGUAAGUAUUUAUAAUAGUUUUACGUCUGUUAAGUGGCAAUUUGUGGGAAAAAAGUUAGUUAUGAAAUUACACCAACGUAGGUCAUAGCUGCUGCCUGUGUCCAACCAGGAAGUCAAAUUAUAAUAUAAACUUGAAAAAAACAGGCAAGAUUUUUUGAAAAAUCUUGAAUAUAAUUAUGUUAACCAUGUUUUAGUUAAAUUAGUAGUCUUACCUGUCAUAUGCACUUUAAUAGCUAGCUGGAGCUAGGAUUAAACUGCUAACUUGGCUAAAUAGUUAGUCCAGGAUUGCAUGACAUUUUGGUGCCUGCUUCUCUGAUAUUUUUGAUUGUAUUCAUAGACUGUAUGUAUAAAUGGACAUAGCUAACCCACUAGCCACUGCGUUUCAAGUAGGAAGUGAGCAUGGGUGCACUUCAAGCUCCAUCGACUCCAAAUUACAUUUACAUCGCUCCAAUUUACUUUCUAUUGAAAAAACGUUGCACCUCUUUCCUUAAUUGCUGUUGUCAGACUCAUCAUUUCGGUCUUAAAAUGUUUGUUUUAAUCCACUCUACAUGGUCCUUUUUAUUUCACUAUUUUGUCUGUAAAUCAAGAUUUGAUAUAAGGUUUGGUUGACAGCAUUGCUAAGAGCGAAGUGAUGCAGGCAGGAAGGGGUGUUAACUUCAACAGCCUCGCUCCUGAUUGGCUGUUUGGCUGCUAUAAAACUCGCGGUCGGAAUUCCAAAUAUGAAACAUUUAUUUGACUGGAGCCAAAUGCUAUGGGUGACUUCACACUCCCUUAGUCCACUUCUUUAUACAGUCUAUGAUUGUACUUUGUUUUUGUGCAGCAAAUUGAGGAGUAUCUGAUGGAGGUGUUAACAGGGCCCUUGGGGCUGUAGGGGGCACUCCCCCUCACUUGGCGGGUACAAUGCAAUCCGAAUGUACAUGACCGUCUUUUCUUUGGUGUUGUGUUAGUGUGGACAUAUUUGAUCUGUUCUUUUCCAAUAGCAUUGUUACUUUUUGCAUGAGUUUUGCCAUACACGUAUAUAGUCAGAUAUUGGGCAUUGAUAAUGUACUCGUAGGGGUUAUAUUAAUAUGCAAUAUGAAUAAACAAUCAGAUCAAAAAGUCAAAUGUCAAAUGCUGGACAACCUCAAGUGCCUGUGGGCCGAAGGUGUCCAAGAGCAGAUUUGAGAGUGCUUUAUUUGAAAUAUGCAUGCAAGACCUUUUCUAAUCUCAUUGCUCAAAUUGGUACCGAACUUUUUAUAUUUGUUUUUACACUUGACAAAAAAAUAUCUCUCACGUUUUCUACAAAAGAGGAGACAAAAUGUUUUCUAAACGGACAAUUACGAAGCAAUAACAGUCUAUAUGAAUACAGAAACUAGCCAGUGUGAAGAAUUACAUUUGUAAAUAUGUUUUUCAACUCUAUAAUGUGUAAGAUAUGUACAUGCUGUUUACUUUUUCAAACAAAUUCUUACUUUACUAUAGCUGUCUCUUUUUGAUGAUAUAAUGCAGUGACACAUGCUGCUGGACUUCACUGGGAGUCUGUGGAGGGAUGUCUCGUCCCUUGUCCCCUAUGCUCACGUCCACCUGCCCUCAUGUCUUCCUGUCUCAAUGUCCACUUAUGUUCCUUUUUCCCCCAUAUGUCCCUGUCCCCAUGGCUCACUUAUUCAUGCCCCUCUGUCCAUCUGUCCCUAUGUACUUUAUCCUAACUUCAGUUGUCCCUCUGUCCCCAUGUCUUAAUAUCCCCUUUUCCUAUGUUCAAUUUCACUAUGUCCACUGGCCUUUCUUUCAACCCUAUGUCCCUGUCCCCAUAUUCAUGUCCCUCUGUCCGUCUGUCCCUAUGUACUUGAUCCUGAGUUCAAUUGUCCUCCGUCCUCAUGUCCACUGGUCCUGAUGUCCGCUUGUCUCAAUGUCCACUUUUUCCUAUGUUCGGUUACACUGUGUACAAGUCUUUUUUCCCUAUAUUCGUCUGUCCCUUAUCCAUGUCCCCCUACCUCUCUUUCCCUAUGUCCCCAUUUGUCCCACUAGUCUCACACUACCCGUCCCCACAACCAUCCACCAUGUCCCUACAUGUACCUCCAUUAAUCCAUCUCUCCUCGUGUCCUCCCAUGUCCCACUGUCCACUUGUCCCAAUGUCCAGUCGUCCCUCUGUCCCUAGAUGCACCUGUUCCUCUUUCCCUCUGUUCUGAUGUCUCUUUCCCUCUGUUCUGAUGCCUUCCUGUUUUCCUGUCCUGAUGUUCUCUUGUCCUUCUGUACCAAUGUCCCCCUGUACCCAAGUCCCUCAUUUGCCUUACCCCACGCCCCUACUAGCAGUGUUGGAAAGAACAUUUACUGAAUACCUGUAUUAAAAUGUAUUUUGUAAAGUAUUUUGAUACAUGAUCCAAUCAGAAACCUGUAUUCUGAAUACUUUGAAUACUUUUAUAUCAAAGUUACACAUGCACAAAUUUGUAACAAAUUUGAGGAGGGAAAAAAAAUGUAGAACUGUAGAAACACACAUCACAAGGGUAUUGUUUUCUAUCUUUCUUACUAAUGCCUUGCAGUUUGAAGCCUAAAUUAUAUGAUCAAUUACCAAAAUGUAUUCUGAAUACCACCAAAUAAAAUGUACCAGAGUACAGUUACUCAAAACCUGUAUUCUGAAUACAUAUUUUUAGUACAUACAUUCAAUUACUUCCCAACUCUGCCCACUAGCUCCUCUUUUCUCAUGUUCUCCUGUCCCAUUACCCUCUGUCUCCCAGUACCUAUGUUUACUUGUCCCUAUGUUCACUAGUCCACUUAUCCUCAGACUAAAUGGUUUGUAGGCUUGGGUGAUCAAGCAAUAUAAGUAAAAAUUAAUCAUAUUGUGACCCUAUGACAAUCUAUGGAUACACCCCACCUCCUAUUGGUCAGCCUCUGUCAAUCUGCCACGAGUGAGUAACAGGUGCUUUCAAUUAGAGUGAAGUGUGAACUCUCAGUUGAAACAGAUUUACAAAGUGAUCCGAUCGAAAUUGGAAUAUAAUUUUUGCCAUAUCGCCCAGCCCUACUCAAAUAUUAUUAUACAAAGUUCAUAUCAUGAUUAUUAACCAUACAAUAUAACAUAGCCUGACUUAGUACCCUACCCACUCUCCCAAACCCCUCCCCCGGAGACACAGACCCCUCCCCCCAGCGACACAGCCUCCAUUGUAAAGGACUUGAUGAGAUUAUGUUCAAAAAUAGCCGUGCUCAUACCCAACAGUGACUGAAUGUACAGUGUAUAGAAGCAUAUGCAGAAAUAAAGUUGUUUUGUCGAGAUUGCUGACCCACUUCUGCUGUUUUUAUCCCAACAACACAAAUCCUAAUUAUGAGGCUUUUGUUAAAUGAGCUCAGGAUUAAAGAGAAUUCAGAAACCAGAAGAUUCAUUUGAAACAACCACACCAAACUGUACUAUAUACCACACACACAU